AGCAACAUAUUGCAAGUUCACAACUCAUUGAAUGAUAGAAGCUAGCACAUAUGGCGUGGAAGGUUCUUUUCUUAUGCAAUUUAGCUCUCUUUGUUUUUCUUUCUUUUGAAGAAGCCACUGCUGAUGAUGAGCCACAGUUCACGGCUUUAUUUGUCUUUGGGGAUUCACUUAUGGAUCCUGGAAACAAUAACUAUCUGGCAAACUCUUUGGCAAAGGCUAAUUAUGUACCUUAUGGAGUUGAUUUUCAAGGACCCACUGGGAGAUUUUGCAAUGGAAGAACCAUAAUAGAUUAUUUGGGUGAUCUGCUAGGACUUCCACUUAUUCCAGCUUACACAGCUACUAUCACCUUGGGUUGUGAUAUUUCCAAAGGAGUAAAUUAUGCUUCAGUUGCAGCCGAGAUUCUUGACGAGACAUGCCAAAGUCUUGCAGAAUACAACCAUGACUCCAUCUUUGUUUACGGCAAUACUUUUGGAGGAUUUACCCACAUAUUCAACAAUGCCUCUGCUUAUGGUAAGGAAAACAUCCUAUUGAUUUAGCAUUAUAUUAAUUUAUUUAUCACCAUCUAAUUCUAAUUUGCGGAAUUCAUACAUAAAUCUUAUCAAAUUUAUUCCUCUCAUGCACAAACGUAGAAAUAUAUUUAUUGACGAAAGUCUUUCAGUGUUUCACUUGAGGAAUUAUAUUCUUUUCUCAGAGCUGUAAAGUUAGUUAUCAAAUUUGUGCAUUUCCUUGCUAAUUGCAAUUAUAAGUUCUUGUUAUUAUACAGUGUUCUAAUGCAAUUGUAAUAAUCUGUUUUAUAACCAGAAAACAUAAGCACAUUAAAUGGAAAUAUAGAAGAAACAAAAACGAAAUAAAUAAUUCCUAACUCACAUAAUUCACGGUGUAUCCUGUAAUUUCCUCACUAUUGCCCAAGAUAUUUGAAUUAAUUUCUCCCAUGAUAAAACGAAAAAACUAUUUUUGUUAUAGAGACACUUCGAAUUACAAAAUUUUGUCGAACCCGAAACAAGGGAGCAGAGCACACUAGACACUUCUGUUUAGAAAACAUUGCAGAAAUGAGGGGAGAAUGUUUGCAGAUUUUCUGUCCUUGAAACUAAGGCCAAGCCUGAAUUUAUAGUGAACGAUUUGGAGUUCAAAUGGUGAAAAGAUGCUUAUUCGGAAACAAGUUGUGACUGUUCACAAAUGGUGCCUGUUUGGAACAAGAUUGUUCGAAAAAAUAUCUAUUCUAAUUUUAGUUAAUGAAACAUUCGGAAAGCUCCACGUGACUUUAUGGGAAAAGUCACAAAAAUAAAACUAAAGAAAGAAUACUUGGUCCAAAUAUAUUAUCAAUCAAAUAAUUUGAUCAAAUAUUCUUUCUUUAUUGAUGACAAUUCAACACUGUCAAAACAAAAGUUAUUGAGGAUAGUCAAUAUUGUCAAAACAAAAGUAAGAAACGGUCAUCAAUAAAUUUGUUUGAUCUCUUUGAAUCUACAUCUUGAGAUCUCCAAUCUUCUAGGUAGAGUUAAUCAUUUGUCCUCGGUCAUAGCCCAAUUCCCUUCGAUGAUCUCUCAAUCGUCUCUCUAGAUAGAUCGAAGCCAAAGUCAUUUUUAAUAGAAAAGUAAGAAGCAGUAACAAGUAUAAAUUAAUUAAGUGGUAAUUAAUGCAUGUACAUAUUAAACACAUGUUAAAAUUAGAUUUUGCAAAAUUUAUUAGAGAAUGGUGUUGUUUGUGAUGGUUGUAUCCUAGUAGGUUUUGAAGUAAAGGAUAUUGGUUGCUGUGGCGUUGGGAGGCGAAUAACAUGUCUUCCACUUUCAGUACCUUGCAUGAAUAGAGAUCAAUACCUCUUUUGGGAUGCCUUCCAUCCAACACAAGUUGUGAAUCAAAUUCUUGCUAGGAUAGCAUAUUCAGGGUCCUUAGAUGAUUGUUAUCCCAUCAAUGUCAAACAAAUGGCUCAACUCUAAAACUCUUCUUUUUCCGUUAGCUUUCGUGAACAAAUGCGUGUCAAUAUAUGCAAGAGCAAAAGACUACCAGUGAAUUAUUACUGCUAAAAAAGAAAUUAG